UUGAUUAGCCAGCUAGCACAAACGUAUAUACCUCUAUUCUCUUUUUACAUUAUAAAUUCCUUUUUUCAAGGGAGAAGUUGUAAGCUAUUAGCAAAAGCAGACACCAUUAAGUAUCUUUGAGGCCGUGAAUCUUUAUUUUCUGCCAGCCAAGACAGUAACGUUAUGAACGCUGAGAGACAAAAGUCGUCAUAAAACUGCUGCUAACUGAAAUUAGCUUGGGUUAGCAUUGCGCUAACAUAUGCUAUUUAACGUCUACUAUGCCUCGUUGAAGUUAUCUUGACGUGUUAAGCGUGCACUUUGCUAUGCCUUUGUCAGUAAGCGUCUACUCUGCUGUCCUUGAGCAACGUCCUGUGUCGCCUCCACUUCAGCUCUGUAGUCACUGCUGGGAGCUGGAGACAGAUGCUGUAAAUUCCCCACGAGUGUGGGAGUCAAUUAAUGAUCAAUGAUCAAACUGUUUCCAUAUUCUGGCUCCUCAGCUACAUUUUCCUAAGUAGCAGCUGAUAAAGCGUCACCACAAACAUGCAAAUAAAGAUCCAGGGUUGCUGUAAUUUAAUCUCUCACUAAGUGUCAGAGAUCUUAACUGGGUUGUUCCCUCACCGACCUGCCACAAAACACUUCUAAAGUUACUGUAUCACUAUCCUGCAGUGGAUUUUUUGAUGCACCAUCACUGUCAGUUCAACUCAGACAUGAACUGGGACAAUCAGCUGAGCUCUAUCCUCUCAGUAGCAGAUGGCAGCGUGGCUAAAAUGAGGGAGAGACUGACCUCACCAGGGAAAUUCUCCAAAGGAGGAGAAGAUCUGUUUCCAAUAAGGGAGAGAGUUCAUGAUUCAGAUUUAGACCCUCCUGCUCUUCCUCCUCGAGCCCCCCUUCUCCGGCAGCCUUCCCCAUCUCCUAGUCCUGGUGUGCAGUGGGCAGACCUAGCUACAAUCCAGUCGCAACUCCAGAUACAGAGCCAGGCAAUUGAGUCUCUCACCCGGAAACUCCAUGACACAGAAAGGGAGAGACAGUCUCAACAAUGUCACAUCCAGACUCUGCAAGAGGAGGUUCACAGGUUGCGUGAAGAGCUGAGGGAGAGGGAAAGAGAGAGGGACGAGUCAAGGAGGGGACAAAGUCCAGGAGCAGAGAUGAGGAUGGAGCAGUGGAGGAGAGAGGUUGGACGUGAGCUGAGCAGUCUGCGGGGACACAUCACCAGAGCCACGUCGCUAGGCAACCUGGAGGAGAGUUUCAGCUCAAAGCUCCGCCGAGAAGAGCUGGAACACCUGCGGAGAGAGGUGGACCAACUGAAAGCACGGCUAAGGAGACAGGAGGAGGACGUGUUCCUCCAGCAGGCAGAGGCCAGAGAGACCAGGAGACAGUACGAACGCAGCUGCAAGACACUAGAGGAGCUGACAGGCAGCUACAGAACUCACAGCACUGAUCUGGCCAAGACCGUCUCUCAGUAUUCUCAAACACAGCAAGAGGUUCGCCAGAUCAGAGCAACUGUGUCGGAACUGAAGGACGAGGUCAGGAGGCUAAUUCUACGAGAAGGUGCUCCAACACCUUUGCUGUCGGCACAUGCAUCAGUUGCAUCACCUCUCCCACUCCCUCGCAACCAUAGAAGAGGGGUCAGAGUAGAAGAGGCAGAGCAGGACUCCGACUCUGAAGACUUUAGCCCAACCCCAAGCCUGGCUGAGGUCAGCUCAGAUGAUCUGUCAUGGCUGGAAGACAAAGACACAACUCUUCAUCAGAAGCCUCGAGUACGUCUGAGUGUUCAGUCAAGACGGAGCGAGUUUGCUGGUCCCGGAACUGAUCAGGAGGAGGAUGAGGACGAUGAUGAUGAUGUUGGUGAUGAUCUCCUUGAUGAAGAUUUGAACCCAGAUUUAGGAUCUGACCUGAGUUUUAAUGACCUCUGAUCUUUUUAUAAGGUGAAGUUCUGUCAUUUAACUUGGGAAGGAGUCAAACAACAUUUCUUUCGGCUCCUAUAAUACACCACCUGAGAUGUAUUAUUACUGUAAUCCAUUUAUUACAGUAUCAUUAUUAUUAUUAAUACUGUAAUGUAUUAUUUUAGUUUGAUUUGAUCCAUGCAUUUUAGAGUUACAGCCCUGUUGUGAAAACUAAAAUUAAAAAAAAAAAAGAAAUAGUCAGGAGAACACCAACAGCCACAUGACUUAUUUCCUUUGUGUUCCCAAGGGAAAGAGAAAGGAAACAAAGAAUGGCAUUAGCAGCAGACUUUGGCACAUAAAAUAAUAACAAGUAAUUAAGUCUUCCUAGUUGAUGUUAUUACUGUUGCUUGCCAGACCUGCUUGAAUAUGAAAUCUCUCAGCAUGGGAAAUUCUCAAAUGCUGUUCUUAAACAAUUAUUUGUGAGAAUAACAGAAGUGUUAGGGACAGAUUGCAUUGUUAGACUAUCAGGUUAAUAACUUUUUAAUUGACUUUUAAUCACUUGUCUAGUCGUGGUUUAAACCCUCUAGUCCUGUGUGACGCAUCCAACGCCCUCCUACCACACUGUGCUGAAACAAACCACCAAAGGAUUCAGCAAAUACAAACUGGUCUCUUUGUCUGAAACACUAUUCAUCAAAGCAUUGUUUUCCCCUUCAGUCACAUUAGUGUUAUCUGCUAGAGGAUGACGACUGUAAGGACGAUACAAACCGUGGAAAACUGUGAUAGCGGCAAAUUCUCUCUAAAUAAUCUGCUGUAACUGUCUCCGCAUGUACAGACUGAUAGGAUCCUGGGAACAAACUGAGGAGACAGGCAGCUCUUUAAAGAACUCAGAUGCUUUGUGAGAGCUUCUCAUUGAGAAAACAACUCUUUUCAUGAUGGUUGGGCUUUGUACCAGCAAAGUAGCAUUACUUGACUGGGCCUAAACCUUUAACUACAAAAUUCUGAAAGUCAGUCGUUGCCAAGGGUAUAAUGCUUUAAUUGUUGCCACACCCUCUGUGAUGCGCACCACUGACAAUAAAUUAUGGGUCCAACCAAAGUUACGGGCAGAGGCACUGUGAUUGGCCCGCUAAACCACAAGGUUUAGAUUUAGGCACAAGAUUAAAAUAGUUAUGUUUAGCUUUGUUAUGAUGAGAAAUUGUUACAGUUAGGUAAAGGUUUGCUGUGGUUAAGGGUUGGGAAAGAAUCUGGCAGGACUUUCAGCUCUACCCAUAACCACAGUGGGAUCCAUAAGAAGACGCCACUGAUCACGGUGCUCUGCAGAGUGCAACACUGAUUUGCAGAAACAGAGCCCAUAGUGUGAUUAUAUGCUUUAAGUUGGUAUUUUAAAAUGAAUUUAUUUAUUAUACAACAAACAAAUUGAAUUCUAACUUGAAAUUGCACUUUAAUACGCUUUGAUCACUGGUAUAAAGGUUCACAGUACGUUUUACCUGGUGAUCAUGGUGAUCAAUAUAUGAAAUGCUACACUCUUCUGUGUAGCAGAGUAAUGGAUAUUUAAUGGGGUUUUCUUCCUGAUGCACUCUUCAAUCCAGUAAGAAUCUGAUGACUGAUGGAUUUUGAUUCCUGCCAUUGCAGCUGAAGUGAGGGCAAAGAGGAAUCAAAAGCCAUAAACACUGUCAAGGCACCUACACACACUCCAGCUCCUCUGUGAUCUCCAUACACACAGCUCAGUGAAGACAGUCAAGAGUCCUUUUAUGCUGUCAUGUCUGACAUGAGUCACACUGUGCCAGGCUUAGUGUCAAGCUGUUAAAUAUUUCAGCAUCCAGACACCCCCCACCCUCAUCGAGGAUCCCAGACCGCAGUGCAGAGCCACGGGGGAGCUGAUGGGCAGGUUAGGUGUGCAGUGAGCACAGACAUUAUGCAGCAUGUCUAACAAGAUGGAUUGUCUCACUAGUCAAUAAAAGACCCUCUAGAAAACAUUAAAUGGCACAGUAGUGCACAACAGUAUUUUCACAAACCUCCUCUGACAUGCUCUCUUUAUGUAGUUAAUAUUGUGGUUAAAGAGACAUUUAAUAAAAAAGGCUCAUCUGUUUGUUACUGUGGCCAGAUAAUGGCGGAUGAAUCAGACCUUUCUAUUGCAGUUUUAUUGCAUUUGCCAAGUAUUAGCAGUGGUGCUGCAGUAAAGCAAUGCACUGUUUCACUUGAAGGUCUGUAAAGCAAAUAUUUUGUGUGUUGUCUCAGCAAUAAAAGUUUGUGUAAAAGUUAA